AUGCACAUCCUAACUUUCCUCUCCCUCGCCGUCUUCCUCUCUCCCAGAUCCGUGUUCGCAUCCGCCGUCCGUGACAACAGCCCCCCUUCCCCGGCCUUCUCCGCCCCCUUCCUGCAAAUCACACCGGCGCCGGACCCUUCCCACGUCUCCCGCCGCCUGCAUCUCCUUAAAGCGCGCCAAGGGCCCCCGCGCUCGCCGGACGGAAAGACGGGCUUCAUAGGCUGGUACAGCUUUUCCGAUACCUGGGUAUCCGCGACGUGUCCCUCGGAUGACUACUUCGCCGCCGACGAGACGUACGGCGUGUGCUGCCCGCGAGGCACGCCGUACUGCGACCUGGCGACGGUCUGCGGAGGCGCGAAUAACAAUUUCGCCAUGGGACCGAGCGGACAGGCUGACUGCGGACCGACGAAGACCUGCGACACAAUCACGGUCCUUCAGACCAAGGGAAGCGACGACGCAAGGCGGAUCAUCUUCUGCAUCGCCAAGUCGGACCAGUAUGUCCUGCCGAUGACCUGGUACCGGGUGACGUUCCCUCUUCUCGAGGCUACGGUGACCGUGACGGAGAGCACGACGGUGACGGCGAUCAUUCAGGGCGGCAGUUCGGCUCGUGGGUCAGACGGGUCGGCCCAUCCUCCACCGUGCGUCCGCGGAAGCGGCGGCAUCGACGGGUCUCAGAUUAAAGAGAUUUUGAAGGAAGAGCAAUCCGGACCGUUGAGAGUGAAGCGCCGCAACAUUGAAGGUGGGGUUCUCUCAAGGGAGAGCAAGGUCGAUAGCUUCUCCGAACAAAAACAUAGGGAUUCAAAGUAG